CUCCUUUAAUGCAUCAAUGUCGACCGAAACGGCAGACUUACGUCUGGACAGUGAGGUAGAUUUACAGGAAUGGUGUGAAGUUGUAAUGGAGGAAGCAGAAUCUCCAUUGCGCUGCAUUGACAAAUCAGACUCUCAAAACCUGCUAGCCAUUGUCGAAUACAUUGAUGAUAUUUACAGUUUCUAUCACAGAACAGAGAUCAACAGCUGCGUUCCAACCAAUUACAUGUCGAACCAGACCAAUAUCAACCACAAGAUGAGAGCUAUACUAUUUGAUUGGCUGAUUGAGGAACACCAUAAGUUCGAAUUGAUGCACGAGACACUCUUCUUGGCGAUUAAUAUCAUAGAUAGGUAUCUCUCUCAACAAGGCGUGAUGAGGAAAUACCUACAGCUGGUUGGGGUCACAGGUAUGCUUCUUGCGUGCAAGUAUGAAGAAAUUUGCAUCCCGCUGCUGGAGGAUUUCAUCUACAUCUCAGAUGGAGCUUACACAAGAGAAGAUGUUCUGAAAAUGGAGAAAUCAAUGCUAAAUACACUACAGUUUAACAUGCCUGUUCCAACCCCUUCUGUAUUUAUGAAGAGGUUUCUCAAGGCAGCAGAAUCUGAUACAAAGUUGGAGAUGGUGUCUUUCUAUCUUAUGCAGUUGUGUAUGGUGGAAUACCAGAUGCUGAAAUUUCCACCCUCACUUCUACCUGCUGCUGCAGUCUAUGCAGGAAGAUGUAUGCUUAGAAGGUCUCCACCAUGGAAUAAAACACAAAGACACCAUUCCACAUACUCAGAAGAUCAGCUCCAGGAAUGUGUGAGAUUGAUAGUGGAGCUCCAUCAAAAUGCAGGCAAGAAGAAUUACCAUCCAAAAGGGCACAAGGCAUGAAAGAUUACAUAGAGCAAUAACAAGGCAAAGAUAGAAAGAAGGGAAAAGCAAUUUCCCUCAAGCAAAGGGUUGCGCAAAAAAAAAAAGAAAACAGCCUACAUCCCGGGCGAAGAUAGAAGAAAGGGAAAAGCAAUACAAGUUAUUCUUUUGAUGAGGUAAAAGAUACAAGUAUUUGUAUACUCUUUUUUUUCUGGAAGGCAAGAAGAAUUUCCAUCCAAAAGGGCACAUGGCAUGAAAUAUUACUUAGAGUAAUAACAAGGCAAAGAUAGAAAGAAGGGAAAAGCAAUUUCCCUCAAGCGAAGGGUUGCGCAAAAGAAAAGAAAACAGCCCACAUCCCAGGCGAAGAUAGAAGGAAGGGAAAAGCAAUACAAGUUAUUCUUUUGAUGAGGUAAAAGAUACAAGUAUUUCUAUACUCUUUUUUUUUUUUUGGGAAGGCAAGAAGAAUUACCAUCCAAAAGGGCACAUGGCAUGAAAUAUUACAUAGAGUAAUAACAAGGCAAAGAUAGAAAGAAGGGAAAAGCAAUUUCCCUCAAGCGAAGGGUUUCGCAAAAGAAAAGAAAACAGCCCACUUCCCCAGCGAAGAUAGAAGAUAGAGAAAAGCAACUUGCUUCAAGCGAGGGGCGCAAGCAAAAAAGGAAAGAAUAACACAGGCCAUGCCCCUGGACCAGGGAAAAGAAAGGCCUACAACAUGGGCUGAGGGAAAGUGCCCACACCUUGAGCUAAGAUAGAGGAGAAGUUGUAGGCUCAAAGAAGGAAAAACCACAAAGGAAGCAUACAUGCUCUGCAUGUCGAGGUGAAGGGGAUGGCGAUCAGUGUAAGCAUUGUGAGAUCGAGCAGGAGUAGAAAAUGCUUUGAAGAAAGCCAAUAGCUCCUCUAUCUCACAAUGCUUACACUGAUCUCUAUCCACUUCACCUUAGAUGCAACACUUAAGAAGUGAGCAAAAGCCACGAGCUCCAGGGUGGGGAUUAGAUGGCCAUCAGGAAAUUAGUGCUAUGAACUUCCAUGGCCAUGAAUGUUAGUACUUUUUUUGAUUGGUUACCCUAGAAAUUACACCCCAACAAGCCACACCAGAAGGGGUAAGACAGAGAAGGCUUAGUUAUCUUUAGAGAUACACAGCUUCCAGCCCUCUUUGGAAUGACUAAGGGCUCGUUUGGUAUCUCUACUCUAAUUCAAUAAGAGCUAAUACGUUUUUGUUUUUUUUUUUUGUUCCUUCGUUCGUUCUAACUCUUGUUGUAAAUAAGGUAGUUUGGUAAAAUCACUCUUUCAAGUCCCCAAAAAGCUCUUAUGUGAAAUAAGCAUGUUCGGUAAACCCUUCAAAUAAGAACUUUUAAGGGUAGCUGACGUCAUUUUUAAAGAUUUACAACAACUUUAUUAUAAGAGCAAUCCACCGAGAUGAAUCAUGCCCCAAAUGACAAAAGAAUCGAUAAUCUUCAUAUUUUAAGAUAUUUGGGUCAUCCAUUAUGUUGUACAUUAGAUGUGGAUCAUCCAUCAUAUGGAGCCCAAUUUCAUGUGGACCGUCCAUCGUGUUAGCCAACCCUUCAGAGUGAGCUGUCCAUCAUGCAAGGCCCGUCUUGGAUGCGGACCGUUCAUCAUUAGGGGCCCAACUUGAUGUAGACCAUCCAUCAUGUGGUGUCCACCAUCAAUGCUAAUUGUCCUUUAUGUGGCCCCUCAAUGUCCACUACCCAUCACCUAUCACAUGGAGUCUACAUUUGAUGUGUUCAUAAUGUGGGUCCUACUUUCAAACUGAAUUGUCCAUCAUGAGGGGUCCAUAUUUUAUAUCCACCAUGCAUCGUGUGGGGCGCAUCUUUUAUGUAGAUAAUUCAUCAUGUGGCCCACUUUGGAUAUGGGUCAUCCAUCAUGCGAGACCUCAGAUGUAAACUGUCCAUUAGUUGGGGCCCGCUUGGGGCCUGUUUGGAUUCACGUAUUAGACUGUAUUGUAUGGUAUUAAAGGGCUUGAUUUGACUUUUGCCGUGUUUAGUUUGGAGUUGAGAUGCGUGGAAAACCAUGUGCGCGAAUACAUCGUAAUUCCAAAAUAACGCAGCGACGGUAGAGGAUUGUCAGACGGCUCUGUUGUCGUCAGUACAGACUAUUCAAUGUAAUGUAUUCGCGUGAAAAACCAUCCAACUGCCUUCACAGUAACAGAAAAAGAAAA